AAAUAAUCCCAAGACAACCUAGAAAAAUCGUUCCCCUUCCCUAAGAAAAAGAAAAAAGAAAAAUCGCUCGGGUGGUGCGGAUUACCGUAAUUGCCCCUCCACUUUCUAGAUUGAUCUGAUCGCGUAAAUGUAAUCACAAUUCACAAUUCACAAUCACAAAACCCUCCCUCCCACUCUGCAAGAAUUUAGGCAAUUAUCAACGAUGGGUUGGCUGUCCAAGAACGACGAUUUCGGCUAUAAUUCUUCGUCCUCCGGCGACGUCAGCGAAUUCCACCGCUCCUCUGGCCGCGGUGAUAAUGGCGACCGCUGCGCCACGAGGAAGGUGAUGAGAUCGCAGUGCCGCACCGAGGAAGUCGAGCCUGGGAAAUUCGUGCGCAAAUGCGAGAAAACCGAACAGAUUUUCAAGGACUGCGUUGGAAGGCCGAGUGAGAUGGUAGAAUCUAACAAAGAGUACACUGAGGAAGAUGUGACAGACCAAAUGGUUAAAGGUUCAUUUUCACUCAAGUCCACAGAGCCUGAAUCGUCUCAUUUCCCGGGGCUGCGCAGUGACAUUGAGGCUAUCGAACGCAGCUUAUUUGGUAACAUUAACAGAUUUUUUGAAGCAGCUGAAGAGUUGAAAAAUGAUUUCUUCAGUUCAGUCGGUGUACCGGGCGUGUUCGAUAAAGAGUUUCCGCCAGCGGAGAGACGAGGUAUUCCUAUUGAGAAAUCCCCUCCAAAAGAAGCUAUUCCCAAUGGAGAAGUUGACCUUUCCGGCUUGGCAAGAGAUGUAUAACACAUUAAACUAGAGAUUUACUGGGACAAAACAACUGGAGAUUGGCUAGUUUAUGGUUAUACAAUAAAUCUGUAAUAAUUUUCGUUGUUUUUUUGUGAAAAAUUUCUUCCUUCUAGAUAUGAUUCUACAGUUUGGAAUCUUAUGUUUCCGCCAGCGGAGUAUGUUUUGUUUAUGAAAAUGAUGCAUAUUUUUAGGUC